AAUUCUAACUGUUGGAAGUGGUGGACGGUGCUGUCCCGCUUGUGGAUUUGUGAUUUCUGUUCUUCAGGCGAAUUAGUGGAAAAAUACAUAAAUUGUAGAAAGUAGCGACUUAUGCAACUCAUCAAAAUCAGAAAAUGCACUAGAAACCGGACCGACAGCUCGGGAAAGUUGCAUCAAAGUCGAUUACUCGCGCGGCCUCAAGAGAAUACCUGGACAGGUGCAGUGUCGGAUUGUGUGUACCGCGAAGUGUAAACAAAACAAGUGUGGUUGCGCCGGAGGAAAGUAUCUAUCGCCUCGGGCAGCGAGAGCGCUAGAAACACGUUUGGAAACCCUGCCCGCCAGCGUAGAUCGCGGACUCUGCCACGGCCCCGCGCUCACAGCAUUAGACUUCUUGCAAAUAAGCGUUUCUUGGGUUGUUUACAGUUGCUGCCCGCUUCAGUGGCACUUGCGCUCAUGAUCGUGCCUCCGUACCUGUCUGCCCAGGUACUCGCUCCAUUCAACAUAAAUUCCGAUCGACAGUUUCAUCGUUAGAGUCGCAAAUCAGUCAGUGAGCGCUGUCGCGACGGUUUGGACGCAAACAUUGGUUGGUUGGAAAUUGUUCGGGCAUCUACAGUUCUCGGGCUCGUAGCUGUUUGUUUGGAGCCAGAUAAGAUCUACAUUCGGGCCUGUGUGGAUUAGAAGCGGUAAAUUGGUGGAAUUCCUUCGCGGACUGUAUGCAAAACGCGUUGCCAAUUGUGCGGGCGAAGUAGCCAUCGCUGGCGGAGAACUAGGUCAGGCCGUGCCGAUACGGCUGCCACUGCAAGAAAACCGGAAACUAAUGACCCAGAACAAGUACGACUUUUCCCACAACAAUGCCCGAUAAAAUGGAAGAGAGUCUAUCGAGGCUGCUGGGCGGCCUCCAUUUGGACGACAUCACCGCCGAGCUAUGCGAUUUCACAAUAGAAGAGCAGAAUGCCGCCAACGAGGCCCAAGGCAUUCAGCCCACGGCGUCUUCAGACUUCGUUCCCGUCUUGGGCAAAAAUAUCACUUACAUUGUGGCUUGCGUGCUAAUUAACGAUUCAGAUCAAGUGCUGAUGAUGCAAGAGGCGAAGAAGUCUUGUGCAGGCAAAUGGUACCUGCCAGCCGGGCGGAUGGAGCAGGGCGAAUCGAUUUGCGACGCGGCCGCGCGUGAAGUCUACGAGGAGACGGGACUCAACGUCGAGAUGACCACGCUCCUGGGUCUGGAGGCGGCGGGAGGUUCAUGGUUCCGCUUCGUGCUAACCGGGAGGGUAACUGGCGGCGAGUUGAAGACCCCAGCCCGGGCCGACCAGGAGUCUCUCCAGGCCAAAUGGAUCUCGGACCUAGCGGAAGUCAGCUUGCGUGCCAACGACAUCGUCGGGCUCAUUGAACUCGCCCGGAUGUACAAAAACCGCGGAUCGAACCCUUGGCACAGCGCAAUCCUCCCGACCAAAUUCUCGCACCACAAGAACUACCUGCGGGUCGUCGUGGCGAUCCGCAAGCGCGCCACCAACAACCUGCACAUUCUGCUUAGCGAGCGCAACACCUACCACUUUCCCACGGUGGAAAUCCACCCAGCACGGAGCCUACACUCGACCCUACGCAAAUUCAUGAUCGAAAUGUUUGGCGCGGACCUGCCCCAGCAUCGACCUCACGGCGUGCUCACUAUCGAGCAUUCACCAUCGGCGCCCCCGCACACCACAGACGGCCUCUGCAUAACGUUGCUGGUUGCAUUCCGACCCGCACUGGAGGAAGUGUCUCUCAUCGGGAAGUGCGUGUGGCAUGAAUUAUCCAAAGAAAUCGGCGAACAGUUGGGGCGCAUUCUUGCGAGCAAAAAUAUGACAAUUCCGUUGCACGUCGUGCGAUAAUGUGGCCAGCGGGUCCCACUUUGGAGCUAUCGAAUUUGAUUCGGAAUCUCUGGUGCAAGCACGGUUCAGCGCGCUUUGUUGAUAAAUUCUAUGUCUUGAUCUACUUUUUUCAUGGAAUUUGAUGUUAUGUAAAUAUAAUUUAGGUUUAAGGAAAUGUUAAAUCGCUUUCGAGAGCAGAAUGUUCACGGAGAGUCGUCGCUCGCACGGUCAGUUCCCAUCGUACUAUGGCUCCUGUGGAAGUGCUUAAUCGAAACCUGCGCCCGAUUACGUAUUAUCCAAAGAAUCAAGUCACGAAUUCGCGUUGCGUGCUUUACAUACUUUCCCACCAGCAGCAGCCUACAGCCGACGAAAAGAAAACUCCAGGCCCUUCCCCCUGCGACUCUCCAGCACGAUUCGAGUGAAGAAUUUCUACAGUUUAGCCGCGAGCCUCCGAACGACCGUUAGAGCAGGUGCAGAGCAACCUUAUCGAAUAUUAUUGUGUUGAUAGUAAAUGUAUGCUAUUGCAUUUCACGUUUAUACAAAUUCAUUAUUACUUGGGGAAAUAAAGCCCAUAACCGAAAU